GAUAUUUCCAAGAACAAGAUUUCUGGUCAAAUUCACAAAUGGGAAAUAGAAGGGAUGUCAUUGCUCAGUUUAAACCUUUCUUAUAACCUCUUGACUGGUAUAGAUUUGUUUGCUUUUGAAAAUCUUAUCGAGGUUGACCUCAGUUCCAACUCACUGCAAGGAUCACUUCCCAUUCUAUCAACAACUUGGGAUUUUAUGCAACUCAUCAUUUCAGAGAAUAAUUUGAUUGGCGAAAUCCCUUCUUCUUUUUGCAAUUUCACUUCUCUUAGUGUUCUAAUCUUGGGUAAUAAUAGUUUGGGAGGAAAAAUUCCAGAAUGUCUUGGAAACUUGAGAAAUCUCGCCUUCUUGGAUCUGCGGAUGAAUAAGUUUCAUGGUAGAAUACCAAAUUCUUUUGUCAACAAGAGUGAACUGAGAACUCUUACCCUAAAUGGCAACCAGUUGGGAGGUAUACUGCCACGGUCUUUGGUUAAUUGCAGUAACUUGGAAAUUCUAGAUGUGGGGAACAACAACUUGAAUGAUACCUUUCCAGAUUGGUUAGGUGUUCUUCCAUCGCUAAAAGUUCUCAUCCUUCGAUCUAAUGGAUUUCAUGGUGCUAUCAACAAUUCUAUGCCUGCAUUUUACUUACCUCAGUUGAGAAUCAUUGAUGUUGCGCAGAAUGAUUUGAUGGGUCUCUUACCGAGUAACUAUUUCAAAAUUUUGACAGGUAUGAGAGAUGCACAUGAAGAAGAAGGUGAAUUGAUAUAUAUGGGUGCAUCUGUUUCUAUCAAUUCGUCAACGGUUUUUUUUCCCCUUUACUUUGAUGAUUCUGUGACAGUAACAAUGAAAGGUUUAAAGGUGGAGCUGAAGAGAAUCCUGCCAAUUUUCUCAAUUAUUGAUUUCUCAAGUAAUAGAUUCCAUGGACACAUUCCUAAAGAACUGGGAGAACUCAAUUCACUUUAUUUUUUAAACUUGUCUCACAACAAUCUCACUGGUCAAAUUCCAUCAUCUUUGGGGAGAAUGACACAGCUUGAAUCACUAGAUCUCUCAUCAAACAAGCUUGAUGGUUGGAUUCCUGAGCAGUUGACAAGUUUGACAUUCCUUUCAGCUCUGAACCUUUCACACAACAAACUUGAAGGUGACAUUCCUCAAGGGAAGCAGUUCAAUACUUUCUCAAAUGAUUCCUACAUUGGGAACUCUAGGUUGUGUGGAUUUCCAUUGACAAAGAAAUGCCACAACGAGGAAAAACCAGGAGCACCUCCAUCAAAAUUUGAUGAAGAAGAUGACUCUACAGCAGUCUUUGAGUGGAAGUUUGCAUUGGCGGGCUAUGGGUGUGGACUGAUAUUAGGACUUAGUCUGGCAUAUAUUGUGUUCACAACAGGGAAACCAUGGUGGCUGGUGAAGAAGGUGGAGAAAUAUCAAGAGAAAUUUGUUGGAAGAUGGAUCUGCAGGCGUAAGAAGAGAAAAACCCGAAAACCCAACCAACGCUCUUAGCAGAAGCUGCAGGCAGUUGGCUUUCUUUCUUCCUCCAAGAAGAUCUGACAAAAAUAAUGUGUGCAUGAACUUUAAUUAGUUGGCUGCAGAAGCUGCAGGCAGUUGCUCUCUCUUUCUGAGAUUGUUAUGUCUUUUUAUGUGAACUAUUAUUUCAUGUUAAAUGUUUGUUGAAAAUUUUGGCCAAAAACUGGAUGUUUUUUUUUAUGUUAUAUCACUUUUCUAAGUUUUUCUUCCAUUCCUUCCCUUUUAACGGUGCGUUUUAAUGAAAGAAAUGAAAUUUU